AUGUUACCUUUCCGGGCUUUUCCAAAUUUCCAACCCAAAGCCCUGCUUGAGUUUGGGUCUCAGCUUGGGCCGGGAAACUCGGGAAUCCGCAUUCAUAUUGACAUGGCAGAUCCCGAGACUUACUUGGGGGAGGGUGAUCAGAGUCUAAUCAAGGACUGUCUUAAGGAGAAGACUGGCGGUUCUUUGGAGUACAUGGUGUUCCGAGCACAUGUCAGGAUUCUUUGGCACGAGCACAUGGUAGGUCGCGAAUGGCGGGGUAUGAAAAUACCUGGCCUGGUACACCUGCCUCAGUGUGUCCUGACCCACUCGAACCUGCAGGAACUCAAUAAGUCGUUUCAUCACCAAACUUUUGAGAUGAAUACCAAGCGAGUCCUGGUGAUCGCCGGCUCAGACAGCUCUGGUGGGGCGGGACUAGAAGCAGACCAAAAAGUUAUCGCUGCACAUGGAUGUUAUGCUAUGACAGCCACCACGGCCCUGACUGCGCAAAACACGCUUGGUGUACAAGACGUUCAUCGCACGCCACCGGCAUUCGUAAGGAAGCAGAUCAAUGCUGUGUUCGACGAUGUAGCCGUCGAUGUUGUCAAGACUGGCAUGCUUGCAUCUGCAGACACGAUUGAAGUCGUCGCAGAUGCAUUGCGCAGAUACAAUGUCAGCACGAGCGUCGUCGAUCCCGUGAUGGUAUCGACUUCAGGGUCUCAGUUACUCCCUGAAGACGCCGUUUCUACACUCAUUGACAAGCUCUUACCAUUGACUACGAUCCUGACACCCAAUCUACCCGAAGCAUUACUGUUGCUCAAGAUAGCUGGCAUACCCGUCAAGGAUCCCGAGACUGUGGACGACAUUGUUGCCAUUGCCAAGAAUAUCCACGCACUUGGACCGAAAUGGGUGUUGUUGAAAGGAGGGCACUUACCGCUUACGAAGGGAAGGUUAGUGAGCAAAGGCAAGGAAGAUCGUGAGGUCAUCUUGAAUGUACUUGCCGGUGAGUCUGGAGUAAGUCUGAUGGAGAGCGAAUAUAUCGACAGCCAAAACACGCAUGGUACAGGGUGCUCGCUCGCGUCGGCAAUUGCGUGCAACCUCGCUGCAGGAGUGACUAUGGUCAAGGCAGUCAAAAAAGCAAAUCUGUACAUUGAAACGGGCAUCAAGACCAGUACUAGUCUUGGACGAGGGAAUGGUCCGAUCAACCACUUUCAUUCCAUGUUCAUAUUACCUUUCACGCCAGGUUCUUUCAUAUCGUACCUCCUCGAUCGCGAGGACGUCCAGGCUCCGUGGAAGCAAUAUACCGAACAUGCCUUUGUGCAGCAAAUGGGCGACGGAACGCUACCACUGGAGAAGUUCAUGUACUAUCUUGUCCAGGAUUAUUUGUUUUUGGUACAAUUUGCGCGAGCUACGGCGCUGGGGGCAUACAAGUCGAGUUCGCUAGCCGAUAUUGGACAGUCGGUACAGCAAGUAGUCACUCUCCGAGAGGAGAUUAAGCUACACAUUGAGUUUUGCAGAGAAUAUGGCUUAUCAGAAGAGGACAUCAUUCACCAAGAAGAAGACCAAGCUACUACAGCCUACACCCGCUACGUACUCGACAUUGGCCAAUCGCAAGACUGGCUCGCAUUACAGAUUGCACAGCUACCGUGUCUUGUCGGCUAUGGAGUGAUUGCAAAGCGCUUACAUGAAGACCCGAGCACGGCCAGGGUUGGGAGCAGAUACUGGAAGUGGAUCGAGCAGUAUGUUGCUAUAGAAUACCGCGAGGCAAUGAUGCGCGGCUCCGAUUUGAUCGAGAAGCAUGCAGCCAAGCUGUCGCCCUCGAGAGUGGAAGAGCUCGCGCAAAUAUUUAUACAUGCGACUAAUAUGGAAAGGGGUUUCUGGGACAUGGGAUUGCGCGCAGGCGGAGAGGUGCAUCGCCUUUCCGCAUCUUACUAUUUUCUCCGCGGACUUUCACAUCUCGAAACACGCUCUCUUUCGGCCGGCAGGGUUUCCUUUGACAGCGGUCUCUACAGCAGUCUCUACAUCAACAACAUGUCCUACGGCGGAGGAUACGGCGGCGGUCGCGAUGGCGGCCGUGGCUACUCGAACGGGUACGCAAACAGCAGUGCUGGAUACGGGUCUUACGAUAGCCACGACUACACGAGCCAACAAACAUCGUAUGGCGGCGGCGGCGGUUAUGGAGGCGGCGGCGGUGGCUACGGAGGAGGUGGCUACAGCGGCGGCGGCGGUGGUGGUUACGGCGGCGGAGGCUAUGGAGGCGGUGGCUUCGGCGGUCGUGAUGGCGGUGACAGAAUGUCCCAGCUCGGCCAGGGCCUGAAGCAGCAAGAAUGGGAUCUAGACACAAUGCCCAAGUUCGAGAAGUCCUUCUACAAGGAGGAUCCCGCCGUCACUGCUCGCUCGGACGCCGAGGUUGAGGCGUACCGCAAGGAGCACCAGAUGACUGUUCAGGGCAAGAACAUCCCCAAGCCUGUCACAACCUUCGACGAGGCUGGUUUCCCUAGCUAUGUCAUGAAUGAGGUCAAGGCACAAGGCUUUGCGAAGCCCACGGCUAUUCAGGCCCAGGGGUGGCCCAUGGCUCUCUCUGGUCGCGACGUUGUCGGUGUUGCCGAGACUGGUUCCGGAAAGACGCUGACGUACUGUCUGCCUGCUAUCGUCCACAUCAACGCCCAGCCUCUCCUCGCACCCGGCGAUGGUCCCAUCGUCCUUAUCCUCGCCCCCACCCGUGAGCUUGCAGUCCAGAUUCAACAGGAGAUUAGCAAAUUCGGAAAAUCAUCCCGUAUUAGAAACACGUGCGUCUACGGUGGUGUUCCCAAGGGUCCCCAGAUCCGUGACCUCGCACGUGGAGUCGAGGUCUGCAUCGCCACACCCGGACGACUGAUCGAUAUGCUUGAAGCCGGCAAGACCAACCUGCGCCGUGUCACUUAUCUUGUUCUCGACGAGGCCGAUCGUAUGCUGGAUAUGGGUUUCGAGCCCCAGAUUCGUAAGAUCAUUGGCCAGAUUCGCCCAGAUCGUCAGACUUGCAUGUGGUCUGCCACAUGGCCCAAGGAAGUUCGCCAGCUGGCUUCUGACUAUCAAAACGAUUGGAUUCAAGUCAACCUCGGUUCCAUGGAUCUUUCUGCCCACCACCGCAUUCAGCAGAUUGUCGAACAUCUUGAGACCAUCAUGAGCGACAAGGAGAACAAGAUCUUGAUUUUCACAGGUACCAAGCGUGUUGCUGAUGAGAUCACCCGAUUCCUUCGGCAAGACGGCUGGCCCGCGUUGUCUAUUCACGGUGACAAGCAACAAAACGAGCGCGAUUGGGUCUUGAACGAGUUCAAGACCGGCAAGAGUCCCAUCAUGGUUGCUACCGAUGUAGCAUCCCGUGGUAUCGAUGUCCGCAACAUUACCCAUGUGUUCAACUAUGACUACCCGAACAACUCGGAGGACUAUGUUCACCGCAUUGGUCGUACUGGUCGUGCUGGCGCUAACGGAACUGCGAUCACAUUGUUCACUACAGAGAACUCCAAACAGGCUCGCGAUCUCGUCCAGAUCCUUACUGAGUCGAAGCAGCAGAUCGAUCCCCGUCUCCACGAGAUGGCCCGCUACGGCGGCGGCGGUGGUGGUGGCCGCUGGGGAGGUGGCCGUGGCCGUGGCGGAGGCCGUGGUGGAGGUCGUGGUGGAUGGAGUGGAGGUAACGCCGCUCCCAUGGGCAACAGCCGCUGGUAA